CUCUCUCUCUGUCGCUCACGCACACACACACACGCGCAGGGAGGCAGGGAGCCCGAAGACAUAACAAAGACGACCGGCUUUAGCUGCACUGACACACUCUUAAAAUACAGCAGAGGGAGGAUUCCUUGUGAGCUGAAAAACGCCGAAACAGGAGACAGGGAGACGUCGCGGUGAUCCGGCUGAACACUCGAGUGCUGCUCUGUGUCUGCAAUUCUAGAGUCUAUCCAUAAAUCUACGAUGAUGUCUUUUGGGAGAGACCUGGAGUUUGAACACUUUGACGAGCGUGACAAAGCGCAAAGGUACAAUCGCGGCGGCUCCCGUGCCAAUGGCUUGCCCAGCCCGACUCACAGCGCCCACUGCAGCCUCUACCGGACCCGCACCCUGCAGGCGCUCAGUUCCGAGAAGAAAGCUAAGAAGGUGCGCUUCUACCGCAAUGGGGACCGCUACUUUAAAGGAAUCGUAUACGCCAUUUCUCCGGAUCGUUUUCGAUCGUUUGAGGCUUUGCUGGCGGAUCUCACCCGGUCACUGUCAGACAACGUGAAUCUACCGCAGGGAGUGAGGACCAUCUACACUUUGGAUGGCAUCAGGAAAAUCAUGACUCUGGACCAGCUGGUUGAAGGUGAAAGUUAUAUUUGUGGAUCAAUCGAACCUUUCAAGAAAUUGGACUACACAAAGAAUGUAAACCCCAACUGGUCAGUGAAUGUGAAGACGUCAGCAUCUGGUCGCACUCCCACCUCUUUGAACAGCUCCAAAGCUGCCCCAACAGAGGCUAAAGAGAGCAAGGAUUUCAUUCGGCCCAAACUGGUCACCAUCAUCCGCAGUGGGGUGAAGCCACGCAAAGCUGUUCGGAUUCUCCUCAACAAGAAGACUGCUCACUCCUUUGAGCAGGUUCUCACAGACAUCACUGAUGCAAUCAAGCUGGACUCUGGGGUUGUGAAACGGCUUUACACACUGGAUGGAAAGCAGGUGAUGUGCCUUCAGGAUUUCUUUGGAGAUGACGACAUAUUCAUUGCAUGUGGCCCAGAGAAAUUCCGCUACCAAGAUGAUUUUCUCCUUGAUGAAAGUGAAUGUAGAGUAGUGAAGUCCACUUCAUACAACAAAAUUUCAACUGUCCCUGGUAGAAGUACUGCAAAGAGCCCUGGCCCUUCAAGGCGUAGUAAAUCUCCAGCAUCAACAAGUUCAGUCAAUGGGACUCCUGGAAGCCAGCUGUCCACUCCUCGAUCUGGGAAGUCUCCUAGUCCAUCACCUACCAGCCCUGGAAGUCUUCGCAAACAGAGGAGCUCCCAACACAGUGGGUCUUCAAUAUCUUUAGCAUCAACAAAAGUUUGUAGUUCAAUGGAUGAAAAUGAUGGUCCAGGAAAUGACGAUUUGGUGGAUGAAUGUCCUCAAGUCCCAGCUUCCAUAGCAGAGAGAUAUAAAGUCGGGAGAACAAUAGGAGAUGGCAAUUUUGCUGUAGUACGAGAAUGUGUUGAAAGGUCCACUGGCAGAGAGUAUGCAUUAAAAAUCAUUAACAAAAGUAAAUGCCGAGGCAAAGAGCAUAUGAUUCAGAAUGAAGUAUCUAUUCUCAGAAGGGUGAAACAUCCAAAUAUUGUGUUGUUAAUUGAAGAGAUGGACACGUAUAAUGAGCUCUACCUGGUCAUGGAGCUUGUUAAGGGAGGAGAUCUGUUUGAUGCCAUUACCUCUACAAACAAAUACACAGAACGGGAUGCCAGUGGCAUGCUUUACAAUCUGGCCAGUGCUAUCAAGUACCUGCACAGCCUUAAUAUAGUCCACAGAGACAUUAAACCUGAAAAUUUACUGGUUUAUGAACACCAAGAUGGUAGCAAAUCUCUUAAGCUUGGUGACUUUGGCCUGGCCACCUUAGUAGAUGGACCUCUUUACACUGUUUGUGGAACACCAACAUAUGUAGCACCAGAGAUAAUUGCAGAAACCGGAUACGGCCUGAAAGUAGACAUCUGGGCAGCUGGAGUUAUUACUUACAUCCUGCUCUGUGGCUUCCCCCCUUUCAGAGGGAGCAGUGAUGACCAGGAAGUCCUGUUUGACCAAAUUUUAAUGGGGCAGCUAGAUUUUCCAUCACCAUACUGGGAUAAUAUUUCAGAUUCUGCAAAGGAACUAAUUACCAUGAUGUUACAAGUGGAAGUAGACCAGAGGUUCUCUGCUUUGCAGGUUUUGGAACAUCCAUGGGUUAACGAUGACGGAAUGCCAGAGAACGAACAUCAACUUUCAGUAGCUGGAAAAAUCAAGAAACAUUUCAAUACAGGACCUAAACCAAACAGUACAACAGCAGGGGUCUCUGUCAUAACACUGGACCAUGGGUUUACCAUCAAGAGAUCAGGGUCAUUGGACUACUACCAACAACCAGGAAUGUAUUGGAUAAGACCACCGCUCUUGAUAAGGAGAGGCAGGUUUUCCGACGAAGACGCCACCAGGAUGUAAAGGAAGCUUAUGGAGCCCAGCAUUCAAGCACCUUUCCCACCACAGCUGAACUGAAUUCAGAAUCGGAGGACUAUUCACCCAGCUCUUCAGAGACUGUUCGCUCACCUAAUUCACCUUUCUAAUGCUGCCAUUUGCUAAACAGACUUAGUUGCCUGACCCUUUGAGCACUUGAUAGUCAGUUUUGUUUUUUGUUUUUUUAUUUUAAUUACCAAAGCUGUAUGUUUGAAUGAGUGGCAUUUGUUUCAGAUUGAAUAAGGUACUUUUUUUGUAAGCACCGAGAAAUGUAGGUCCAGUAAACAAAUGUUACUUUCAUUUAUGAGAUUUUUAUGAUCGAGUGUUUGAAGUUUUGAACAUUUUAUAAGCACUGAUGUACUUUACUGGGCAGAUCCACCAAGUAAUAAAGUUCAAAAUCAUGUCAAUCCUUCCUUUCUUAUUGGAGUACUGGAAUGUCACAGAUGGAAAUUAUGAGAACAACACAAUUUUACAUUUUAAGUGUGAGGAGAUUAUUGAGAAAGAAUUUAAAAGAAGAAACGCUUUACUUAUGGAGCAGUUGACAUUUAAGACAAUUUAGUACCUGCUAAUAAGUAACUGACAAAUGUGUUUAUACUGUCUACCUCUGCAAUAGACCCCAUCAUCCUGAUGAGGCACCAUUUUGCUCAAAUAACUUUUCCAAAUCAUGUAAUACCAUUGCCAAUAAUACCAUUUACAUUUGAAAAAGACAAAAACACAGAUAAGUGCCAGUUUCUAUAAGACAAUAGUGAAAGGUUCACCAUGAAACUUGUGAGAGAUCCAGAACCUAGACAGAGUGGCAGCCCCAUUGCUCCAACUAGAAUCACUACCGGUGUGCCUAACAAAAAUAAAUGAAUGAACAAACCAACUUGACAUGCAUUCAUGGAAGGGCACUGUCACAUUCAGUGAGGUAAUGGACGGUAUUCAGGGUAGAGACCUCUUCUGUUCGACUUGGGGCCCCUGUGUCGUGUUGCUCCUUAUCUCAUACCAUUUGGAAAAUACUGUCCACAGAUUUGUUUUCCACUCGCCCAUUGAAGAAUCUCAUCCUUCACAGUUCAUUAAGAUAAAUAAGUGCCAUUGAAGUGGCCUUCUGGAAUAAAAGCAUAAAUGAGUUGUUGGUUUAUCUUUAAAUCUGUAACUGGUAAUGUGGUGAUGCAGAAUUGGAAAAAAGUGUUGAAGACGUCACACUCAAUAUUUGUCCUUAAUUUUUGCAAAUCUCAAAGGUUACUGGUUACUGAAAUGGCCUGAUUUUAGUUGAGUGGAUGCUGACAUGUAGUCACCAUACAGAGAUAUACUCAACUGACACCCUUUAAGGAUGUUAGAAGCUAUUGUAUAAUGGUGAUUAUAAAUUUCAAAAUAAAAAUGCAUCAUUUGCUAUGAAGAAGCCUGAAUGAUAUUUAAGAAGUAAUUACUGAAUCAUUGAAGUUUCUUUUACUUGAAUGUAGUUUUCUAGUGUAGUAACUAAACUCUCAGGCCUUGAAACUAUUUAAUGAUUAGCUGGAGAUGCUUGAUCUUCAUUUAUUUACUGUAUCAUCUUAACAAUUACUAGUUGUCCAUUUUUAAACAAACAACCCUUAUUCUUAUAUGGUGCUUGUCCGUUCAUGUUGUGCUGCUACAUGAGCACCUUUAGUGUAUUUUCAAGAGGUGGAGUGUAAGCAGGUUAUGCGACUUGUGCAGGGUAGCUGUUGGAGGCAGAACUUAAACAUAAAAUGCUUUAGACAUUAGACCUACAUUGUGCCUACAUUUUACUCUUUUUUAUUAACUUUUCAGUCUGUAUGUGAGCAAUUGUCACUGCUAUAAAUAAAAUAUUAGAGAAAAACUUGAAUUAAAAAAAAAAUAAAUCUUUUGUGUGCAGCCAACAUCUAACUCUCUCUAGUCCAGGAUCAGUUAUGGUAAUCUUUAAAAGUGUAAAACUGAGUACUACUCUUAAAUUGCAUCAUUUUAAUAAAGAAUAAACAUUACUUAAAUCAGUUCAUUGUAAAAGUUAAAAAAAAAAAAAAAAUAAUAAGAUUUUUCCCAAAUUCAAGAGAUAUAAUUUUCUUCCAGCUGGUUUUAAUACUCUGUUCCAGAGCAGAAAGUAAAUUAUAUAAAACAGGAGGAACAAUUAAUUCUGAAGCAAUUACCUUAAAAAAUCUAUUUGAAGAGGAUCAUGUAAACAUUCUGAAAGGAAAUAUGGUUAACCAAAAUGACAAAAGAAUUCCCAUCAUAAAGGCAAUAAUCCUUCUCUCCAUCCUUCAGCAGACCUGCUCAGCCCAGUUCAGGUUUGCAGAAUAAAAAAUAAUAAUUACAAUUAGCUGCUGUGUCCUCAUUCAGCUUUUAGGCAAUUGACGACAGAGACAUCAUUACAGAACGUACAUGGACUGGCUGGUUUUCUUUGAUUCACCCUCUAGUUAUUGGCCAUCACCAUGUUAUUGCAUUUUGUAGAAAAUGAGAGCUGGGAGUUUCUUUGCCCCAAACUAUAAAGAUACUGCCUCCAUAAUGCAUGUAUAGGUUUGGUUUAAAAAGUAAAAUAUAAUAUACACAUGAAAGAAAUUGUGCCUUUUCCCAUCCACAUAUUACCUUUUAUGACUCCUGGCCCCCUGAUUUAUAAAUGGAAACAAAUAAAAAGAGACCAUCUAUGAAAUACAGUAGAAUUCACAUUAAUCUCAGUUAGGCGCCCAGUGUACUAAAUCCAUCUGGUAUGAGAUGCUUCUUAAAUCUCGCACUGCAACCAUUGGAACAUAUUAAAAUGUCAUAUUGGUUUCAAUAUUUAGAAUGUAAAAUAUUGUCCGAGGGGCUUUCAAUAUAUUGUGAAAUAAUAUCAACCAAAAAAGUAUGAUUUGGUUGUAAAUGACAAAGAAUAAUGGCAGAGCUUAUAAAAAUAGUCUGUGCUUACCUACUAUAAGUCUUCAAGGAGACAAACAAAAAAAUGUAUUUCUCCAUUUUCUGAACCUUCUUUCCUCGAUGCUAAUCGACAUUCUAUAUAUGUAUACAUUUAUAAAAUGGAGGAGACCAAUUUGAUCCAUCAAGCUUGUUUGAUAAGCCAAUCCCUUUUCUUUCUCCAAUAUCUCAAGUAGACUUUUUAAAAUGCCAUCAGGAUCUUCAAUUAGAACUUUAGAAAUCUGACAAACGAGAGGAGACCAUUCAGUCCAUUAUGCCCGUUUGUUUAGCUAGUAGCUAAGCGGUCUCAGUGUCUCAUCCAGAUUCUUUUUAAAGGUUCUCAAGGUGUCUGCUUCAACCUCACGUCUCGGUAGUUUGUCCCAAAUUCCCACAACUCUUUGCGUGAUGAAGUGCUUCCUGGCUUCAGUCUUAAAUGCACUUUCUCCUAAUUUCUGCUGAGAUUGAGCAACUCAAGAGUGGCUUCCAGAUUUUUCUCUUCGUUUGUGUAAAAGAGUGCAUUAUGGGUCUGGUCAUGAUGCCACUUCCCCUUUGUUUUCACCAGGGUCUCCAAUGACAUAGUUUUUCAGGAUCAAUAAACUUUUAAGAUUUUUUGAAGACCUCUGUUAGGUCCCUGUAUCACUUCAUGGUUCGUUCAGUUUAGCCUGCCAGAGUAGGCCACAUCUUUCCAAUUGCCCAUUCGUCUCUGGACACUUUCUAAUGCUGCUGAGACCAGAACAGCACAGUUCAUCAGAUGCCAUCUCAUGAGCUCACUGAAGAGUUUGAGUGUAACAUUGCUUGACUUGUAUUUAAUGUUUUUACAACUUUGUCUGAUAUGUUUUUGUCUUUUGAAUUUGUUUGGAAGAUGACAUUGUGUUAACAUAAAUCCACAAGUCCUUUUAAUUUUAUCAAUAUUGAUAUAAAAAAGCUUGAUGAACUUAAAUGGUCUUUUCUCAUUUAUAAAUUGUAUAUGAUAUAUCAAGAGCUUACUCUUUGUCUUGGAUGAUGUGGAUUUGUUUUCGUCUGUUAGUAGUAACUAAAAAAAAAUAAAAUGUGCUUGUCGGCGGGUCCACCUCCUCAUGCGCUCGGCCCUCAUCGCCUUAUUCAUCAUUACUGUAAAGUCAGGCAAAGGUUCCUAUAAGAGGGGAAGGACUGACAUGGCCAUGAAUUUGGCAGACUGAAUCUGAAAAGGUACAGGAAGGUAACAAUGAAUGUGUGCAAAAGAAAGCACACGCUAUAAUGAACAGCAAGUUACAGCUUUAUCAUUUGAACUUUGAAGAAGGAAUUACUAUAAAGCUCAUGUGGAGUGAAUGUAUUCUAAAUUAAAGCACAGAUUAAAACGGAGAGUCACAAAAUUCAUCUUCUCCAGAUGUUUGGGUAAAUCCAAGAGUAGUGAAUAUUACUGUAAUUUUAAUUUUAUUGCAAGUUCUUGAAGGGUGAGGCAAUUUAAAAGGAGAAAAUAUGGAAAUGAUGAAUGUGUAACUGUUUUUUUUUUGUUUGUUUUUAACUAGUAGUAUUAUUCAAGCUAAGAAUUUGCUGCAAUGAUAUGUGGACUGUAUUUGAUUUUAGCACAAGUUAACCCUCUGAGUACUGAAAUGCAAUGGAGUGAGCCAAACAUAACUGUAUUUCCCUGCCUUUGCUGGCACUGUAAUGAAAUAAUUUGGUGUCCUGUUUACACUCAGUGUUAAGUCCUGACUUCUGAGCCAUUAUCUUCAAGAGCACCAAGGAUUAGCAACAGCAAACAGAAGUGGACGGCGACUGUGUAAAAAUGAGCCUAGGCUAGAUGAAUGGAUGGAUGUGCUUGCUCAAGUAUCGCCAUGUGCCACCCUCUUCCUUUAUGGCCACUCUUUUCUGUGCUUUUUAUAAGAUUCUGAAGAAUCUGUUUUACGUUAAAGUGAAGUGCCCAUUUGCUUUCCUGACUGUUGAGAAGCCUGCACGCUCCAUCUGUGAAAUGCAGCCAUCGGCACCUUAACUGUACAAACUACCUGGGUGUUUCUCCUUUCAUUUUCUUUGACUGUCUGCUCAGUGGGAGGCUUUGCAUAAGCCAAGCUGUAGCUCGUGUUCACCUGCAAUAAGCGGGUGAAUGCAAAAUGUGCACUGUGCGAGAUAAUGUAGCCAACACCCUGAUCUAACUCCCGAAUACAGCCUCCGUUACUUCAGUUCUCGAGCCUGUCUUUACUUCAACUGCUUUUUAAGACACUCUGUGUCUCUAAGAAGAACACUUAGUAAGGUCCCGAUGGCUUCAUGUCAGGAAAGCAAAAGGCCACAGUCUCAACAUAAUACGGUAACCUAGCAAUAUACUGUACAUACCCACUCAAUAUAUACAUAUAUAUAUAUAUAUUUAUAUAAUUGUACAUGAUUUACUGUGUACUGUAUAUUUGUAUUAAGAAUUGUUUUAAAAUAUCAGCAUGAAGGACUCGAAGUGCAGGCAGUUCUCAAAGGGUUAACAGGAGAAGCACAAUGGCAUGUCAUUUUUUGGUGUAAUCUGCUGCUUUGCUCUCUGGCUUUGCUUUUCCAGGCUCUCACACACACAAACACAUGGCUUUUACAAUUAAUAUGCUUUAGAUUAGGACAUUUACAGUAUGCUGUUGUUUUACUAUUUCCCAUCGCACAUUAGUAGUCCACAUCAUUUCUGUAACCAAAUUCAGUACAAAAAAAAAACCAGGUAAAAUAAAAUUCUGUCUUACAUCAGCAACAUUAUUAAAGAAAUGAACUCUUUAUUAGUAAUUCAGUGAUAAACCGUAUGACAAGUAGCUCUUUUUAAUACUCGACUUGAAACUUCCCUUGGUGGCAUAGGUGACUUGGUCUUUUUACUCGUAAUGCACAAAAGCCUCAGAUGUAUACAAAGGAAGUGCUAAUAUGUAGUUUUCUGUUGAAUAUUUACCUAGUUUAUCGAGCAGAUUGUUACGUUAGACUACUCAUUAUUGCAAACACCAAUGAAAAAAAACAGCAUUAGACAUUUUAUUUUCUAUUUAUUCACAUUGUAGACAACAAUAGAUCCUUUAACUCUUAACAGCACAUUAGAGGGAAACGUGUAAGUUCAGUCAUGUAAAAUGUCAUUGCUUUACAGUAGAAGUCUUCUGACUUAACGUGGUGCAUACUGCAGAUAAAAAACCAAACCUGUGAAUAAACAGUUUAAUGAAAACAAA